AUGUGGUCGAUUCUGAGCGUGGCUGCUGCGCUCGUCUACGCGGCGGCUGUUUCGGCAGUCAGCACGGCAGGCAAUCGCUUGCUGGUGGUGCUGGACGAUGUUGCUGAGAAGGACUUGUAUAGCCAGUUUCUUGGCGAUCUUACAGCUCGAGGCUAUGAUGUUUCGUACGAGACGCCGCGGAGUGAAGGACUGGCGCUGUUCCAUCUGGGCGAAAGGAAAUACGACCACCUGUUGUUUCUGCCUUCCAAGGUCAAGGGCCUGGGGCCAAACCUGACGCCCAGCCAUCUCGUCAACUUCGUCAACGCCGACGGAAACAUCCUCGUUGCGCAGACGUCCACCGUGCCCUCAUCCACCUCCAUCGUCGGCUUCCUCUCCGAGCUCGACAUUUCCCUCCCUGUUGAGCGCACAGGCACCGUCGUCGACCACUUCAACUACGACGUUCGCUCCGCUGCCGAAUCCCACGAUGUCCUCGUUGUCGAAGGGCCCAUCAACAUUCGCCCCGGCUUGAAGCCAUACUUUGAGAUUGAAGGCGGCGUUGUGGCGUUCCCCCACGCUGUUGGCCAUGUCCUUGGCUCUGGACCUCUGCUUUCGCCCGUUGUUCGCGCUUCCGCCACUGCAUACAGCUACAACCCCAAGGAGCAGGCCGAGGUUCUUGAUGCCGAUGACCUGUUCGCUGCCGGCCAGCAACUUUCGCUUCUAUCGGUCUUCCAGGCGCGCAACUCUGCUCGCGUGACGGUUCUGGGAUCUGCCGAGUUGCUGCAGAACAAGUGGUUUGAGGCCGUGGUUGGCAAGCCCGGUGGAAAUAGCUUCAGGACCGAUAACCAGGAGUUUGCUAAAAGAGUAUCGGGCUGGGCGUUCCAGGAGAUUGGCGUGCUGCGAGUGAACAGCAUUGAGCACAAGCUGCAGGAGUCUGAUGAGCUGAACCCCGGCAUCUACCGUAUCAAGAACGAUGUGUCUUACAACAUCUCCCUUUCUGAGUGGAGCUGGGACAAAUGGGUUCCCUUCACCCUUCCUCAGGACGACGUUCUCCAGCUCGAGUUUUCCAUGCUGUCGCCCUUCCACCGCCUCAACUUGGCUCGCAGGCGCACCACUGGCGAUGCUGCCGUGUAUGGCAUCUCCUUCACCCUCCCCGACCAGCAUGGCAUCUUCAACUUCAAGGUCAACUACAAGCGCCCUUUCCUCACCAACAUCGAGGAGAAGAACACGGUCAGCGUCCGCCACUUUGCGCACGAUGAGUGGCCUCGCAGCUUUGUCAUCUCGGGCGCUUGGCCUUGGAUCUCAGGCAUUGGCGCAACGGUGUCGGGCUUUGUUGGAUUCUGCGCGAUAUGGAUGUACAGCAAGCCUGUUGGCAAGAAGAACUGA